AUGUUACACAAAUCUCAAAUUGUAAGAAAUAAUAUACUAUUAUAUGGACUCAUUGGUGGCAUUAUAACAGUUACCAGUGGUUUACUAGUGAUUCUCUAUCCGACACUAUUGAGGACUGUUAUCAAAAGUCAAAUGCAGAUCACAGAAGAUGAAAAUGCAGUGACAAAGACCUGGAUGGAUGUGCCACUGCCCAUGUAUUUCUCAGUUUAUUUAUUCACUAUUGAUAAUCCACGUCAAUUUAUUAGAGGAGCUAAGGCUAAAAUUAGGGAAAUGGGUCCAUAUGUGUAUAAGAAACACCAGUGGAAAGAGAUAAUCUCAUGGAGUCCCGAUCAUGAGUCGGUCAAAUACUGGAGCAAAUCAUCGUAUACUUUUGAUAUAGAGAGGACAGUUGGAUCAAGAAAUGAUCAAAUUAUUAUUGUUAAUGUGCCAAUCUAUGUAUUGGCAGCUAUAAUAAAGGGUUUGAUAGAUAAAUUGCCACUAUCGACGCUCACAGCACCGGCAGCUUUUCGCAUAAUAAAUCGGCUAUUUAUGAACCAUAGCGAACGUAUAGUUAAAAGAUUAACUGUUGGCCAACUCAUAGAGGGCUAUCGUUUAUCAAUUUUGGACACUAUUGAUACAGUGGUAAAACCAUUAAAAUUAUUGGGUAUUAAUAUACCCGAUUUCGGUAUGCCUAACAACAGGUUUGGUAUAUUGAAUGGCAAAAAUAACAGCAAAAGUGGUCCGUAUGAGGUGCUCACUGGACAGGGAGACACACAGUUUCUUAAAGUUAUUUCUUAUGAAAAUAAACGACGCUUUAAUUACUAUGACAAACGUAAGUGUAAUAUGUUUAACGGCACCGACGGUUCAAAUAUGGGUUCAUUUCUACAUAAAGAGGACACACUCUAUGUGUUUAACGCCGCCGCUUGUAGAUCAAUAUAUGCCACAUAUUCUGGUGUAUCCCAUGUCAAUGGCAUUCCUUCGUGGCGUUACGUACUGCCGGCCAACUUGUUUGGUUCGCCACAAAAAAAUCCGGACAACCGUUGCUAUUGUAGAACACCUCAUAUCCCGGACGCAUGCGAUGGUAUCUUCUAUGUCGGACAGUGUCUCAGUGGAGCCCCAUUAGCCCUAUCCUAUCCACACCUAAUGUACGCCAGUCGUAGGCUUACACAAACUAUUGAUGGUCUGCAUCCUAAUCGGGAACUACACGAGAGUUAUUUCGAUAUCGAACCGACUUUAGGAACACCUAUGAAAGGAGCCGCUAGAUUGCAAAUGAAUCUAUUGAUGCAACCGAUAGAUCUAUUAGAUGAUUUCAAAUAUAUUAGAGAAGCUGUUAUACCAUUUGUAUGGUUUGAAGAGUCGACACAAAUUGAGGGCAACUUCAUUUGGCUAAUGAGAUUAGCCGUCUAUUCAAUGAUGACCAUUGAGUACGGAUCUGUUAUAUCAUUUUGUUUAGGACUACUGGUGCUGUGCUUUACCAUAGGCUAUACAUUCAAACAUUGGAAAUAUCUAACACCUGGCACUAGUGAUGAUCAGUCAAAUAAAGAAAACAAACAUAAAUUUGCCGACAAUUUGCGUGAUUAUUACGGCACUCAAACCACACCUAUCGCUGAUAUCAGAGCUAAAGAUGCGGUCAAUUUUAAGUUACAGAGAAUGCACUUUUCACCGCCCGGUUCUAUAGAUUGA